AUGGACGACGGUGAUGGGGAGGACAAGGGCGACGACAGUGAUGACGAUGACGCUGGUGAUGGCGAUAGCAAGUAUGACGGCAAUGAUGGUGACGGGAAUUGCGUAAGUCGUCCUAAAAUCUUGACUUCCCCGCAUUAUGACUUGAUCUACAUUCUCAACGCCAGAAAGGACCCCGGACAGUUCUAG